AUGUUUAAGAAGUGGAUGUGCUUCUGUCAGGAUGCCAAUCUCAAGAUUUCUUUUGAGAUUCGAUCAGGAAAAACGGCUCAUUUUGAGCCCCACAAGUGCAAUGAAUGUCUCCACUGCUCCCAGAAUCUUCUCAGAGAACAUGAUCCAAUACAAAGCAUCAAGUUUCAAGAAUCAAGGUGGAGAGGGAAAGCCCCAGAAUGUAUCAACAAUGGGUUUCCUCUGCAAGAUUUGGUGCCAGUAAAUGAACUUGGGCUGCCAGAAUCAAGCAGUGUGGGAGAACAACCAGACACUUCUCUUCCAAGUGAUGGACGCUUGGAUAAGUGGCUGGAGGAUUCGAUAAGAUAUUCUUCCAAGAAAGGUGAUUAA